AUGGCCACCUUUGUGGAGCUCAGUACCAAAGCCAAGAUGCCCAUCGUGGGCCUGGGCACCUGGAAGUCUCCACCGGGCAAAGUCAAGGAAGCUGUGAAGGCCGCCAUUGAUGCUGGGUACCGCCAUAUUGACUGCGCCUAUGCCUAUCAGAAUGAGAAUGAAGUGGGGGAGGCCAUCCAAGAGAAGAUCAAGGAGAAGGCCGUGAAGCGAGAGGACCUCUUCAUUGUCAGCAAGCUAUGGCCUACCUUCUUCGAGAAAAGCCUGGUGAAGAAAGCCUUUCAGAAAACCCUCACCGAUCUGAAGCUGGACUACCUGGACCUGUAUCUAAUUCACUGGCCACAGGGAUUCCAGGCUGGAAAUGAAUUUUUACCAAGAGACGAAAAAGGCAACAUUCUUGUCAGUAAAGCAACAUUCUUGGAUGCUUGGGAGGCCAUGGAGGAACUGGUGGACCAGGGGCUGGUGAAAGCCCUGGGCAUCUCCAACUUCAACCACUUGCAGAUUGAGAGGCUCCUGAACAAGCCUGGACUGAAACAUAAGCCAGUGACCAAUCAGAUUGAGUGCCAUCCAUAUCUCACCCAGGAGAAACUGAUCCAGUACUGUCACUCCAAGGGCAUUGGCAUCACGGCCUACAGCCCUCUGGGUUCCCCAGACAGACCUGAUGCCAAGCCAGAAGACCCUGUAGUACUGGAGAUUCCCAAGAUUAAGGAGAUUGCUGCAAAGCACAAGAAAACUGCAGCCCAGGUUCUGAUUCGGUUCCACAUCCAAAGGAACGUGGUGGUGAUCCCCAAGUCUGUGACACCCUCCCGCAUUCAGGAGAACAUUCAGGUCUUUGACUUCCAGCUGAGUGAUGAGGAGAUGGCCACCAUUCUCAGCUUCAACAGAAACUGGAGGGCCUGCGGCCUGUUUAUGGCAAGUCACCUCAAGGACUUCCCUUUCCACGCCGAAUACUGAAACUGAGACACCUGAUGAGCUUGCCCAGUCGCCCUCUUCACGGGUGUGCCAUCCACUCCUCAGGACUCCUAUUGUUGCCAAGCCUACCAGAUACCACACCAAGCCAGCCACGAGAAGACAAUUCUGCUUUUAAACCUCAAGUUGAACUAGAAGCAGCCUGUCACAGAGGAUGCUUACUCAGCGAAGGACAAUGGUUUUUACUAAUUAGAUCCAGUCAAAUGUUUGUCUUACCCCAGUGGUAAUUCUGAGGAUAUAAAGAUCAAACGUAUAAUACAAAUAACAAUCACCACACACAUUUUCAACAGUCAGAAGAGCUUUCUGAAUGCUGUG